AUGCCGCCUUCAAGGAGCUCCCCUUCGGGUCAGGUCAUUGAGUAUAUUCCAGACCGCCUUUACCUAGCAUCCUACAUCCAUCCUCCCACAGCCGACACCGUCUUCCCCUACUCCGAACCUCCAACUCGUUCGCCAAGUAAACGAUCGCAAAGAGCUGUUGAUGGGCCUUCGCCUGCCGUGUCUAAGUCGGAUCGACACCCCCCAUACUACUUUACAGUCGAUGACAGCCUCUUAUACAACGCUUUUCACCAUGAUUUUGGCCCACUUCACAUCGGUCAUCUGUACCGUUUUGCCCUACAUUUUCACGAUGUUCUUGGCGCAAAGGAAAACCAGCAUAGACCUAUUGUGUUUUGGAGCCGUGCAGACCCGAGGAGCCGGGCCAACGCCGCUUGUUUACUCGCUUGCUACAUGGUCUUGAUUCAGUCUUGGCCACCUCACUUGGCCCUGGCACCGAUUGCGCAGGUUGAUCCACCUCUAAUGCCUUUCCGCGACGCUGGUUACAGUCAGGCGGAUUAUGGUAUUACUGUGCAAGACAUCGUGUACGGUGUCUGGAAAGCCAAGGAGGAAGGUUGCUGCGUACUGGACAACUUCGAUCUUGAUGAAUACGAAAAAUUUGAACGUGUCGAACACGGCGAUUUCAACUGGAUCACACCUCAUUUCCUGGCAUUCGCAUCUCCGCAACAUAGCCCGGUGGCACGCAUCACCGAGUCGUCAGAAUUAUAUGAUUCUCUUCCUAAGACACUCUCCGCGGUCGAUUCUCACCCAAGCCUCCCUCAGUCAUUCAAGAACGUACUGAGCCACUUUUCCGAGCGCAGUAUCGGUCUAGUUGUCCGACUUAACUCGCCUUUAUACUCCCCAUCUUACUUUGAGGCGUUAGGGAUCCAACAUCUCGAUAUGAUUUUUGAAGAUGGUACUUGCCCCCCCUUAAGCACCGUUCGAAAGUUCAUCAAGCUUGCGCACGAGACGAUUACAAUUCGGAAAAAGGGUAUCGCAGUUCACUGCAAAGCCGGUCUUGGGAGAACUGGAUGCUUGAUUGGGGCGUACUUAAUCUACCGUCAUGGAUUUACAGCAAAUGAGGUCAUUUCAUUCAUGCGUUUUAUGCGCCCUGGUAUGGUUGUUGGUCCUCAACAGCAUUGGCUGCACAUCAAUCAAGGGGUUUUCCGCGAGUGGUGGAUCGAAGAGAGACUAGAGAGGAAGUUAAGAAAGGAGCUCGCGGCAGCGAACCAGGCGCCCAGCACGCCCAUCCGAGCAAUGCAGAAGGCUACUCUAAGCCGAAGUGCCCAGGCAUCUACACCUCCCAGCAGAAGCCCAUCAAACCGUACGCCUCUCGGCGAAAUGGAUGGUGAAAGACGUAAUGCGGCUGCGCAAGAGGACUACCUACCGGCUCCAACGCCAGGUCAGCCUCGGAAGACGAGUCGCAUAGACCGACACCAUCCUUACCAGCGCAACGCGGUUCAGCCAUCCCCGGUUGAGGAAGAGCGCGAAGGGGCCGAGAAAGACACGGAAGUUGUCUCCGUCCAUAGACGGUCUAACGAUGGUGAAUCCGAAGAGGAAUGGCUCCUACGCAUGCGAACCCAUCGCAAGACAUCGCACUCCCCAAGCCGCAAUGAAAAGAUGAGAUCAGUAAGCCAAAGCACGACAACAACAAUAUAUAAGGUCAUAGACAAUGAUGCAUCUAAUGACGCUGAGAAUAUUGGCAGUGCUCGGCCAAAGACCAUUGUGGACCAUGUCACCGGCUCGCCAACGCGGUCGGCGAGCGCUUCAGGCAUAUUGACCAAGGUCAGGAGCAGCAAGCGAACGGCCGAAUCCAGCCGCAAUAAGGAUUCAGCGGGUGUGCGCAAGACGAGCGGUCGGGUUGGUAGUAUCAACGCCAGCUCAAAUGUUAGCUCAACGGCACGCAAGGUAUCCGCGAUAUAG